AUGGCUUCCCUCCCCUCCCUCCCGCCAUCCGCCACAACCUCCAUCCUCCGGGCUGCGCUCCACGACCGCGUGGUGGGCGUCCUCGUCGGCUCCGCCCUCGGCGACGCCAUCGGGCUCUACACCGAGUUCCUCACCGCCGCCGACGCCGCCGCCGCCUAUCCCACCCGCACCUUCACCCUGACCGCCACCCCACACCCAACCCCCUUCAAGCUCGACAUGCACCGCGCGCCCAAAGAGUUAGGCCACUGGACCGACGACACCGACCACGCCCUGCUCAUCCUCCUCGCCUUCCUGCACACCGCCCGCACCAGCCCCAGCAGCCCCAACCCCAGCACGCACCCACCCGCAAACGCAACCCCGCAAGCCAACCCGUCCCCACCCCCGCCCCCGCUCCCCACCCAACAUGACCUCGCCUUGCGCCUCCACGCCUAG